ACACUAGAUUUGCUCUAGCAUCAUUUAAAAGUAUUCAGUUUAGUUUGAAUUCCCACCUCUUGAAAGAUCACAAGGGCCAAUCCAUUUCGAUAUCUAUCAUUUUCUUUCCCAAAAACCUACUUGCUUAAAACCAAAAUAAAUUGUGCUCACUCAUUUUGCUUGAUCAAAUGAAAUGGCUGCACACUUCAGUACUUAUUCUUCUUCCUCACCCACCUUUUCUCCGUCCUCAUUCAACCACGGAACUCAGCAAUCCGCUAAAUUCAGUGUUUUGCAGCCAAGCACAUCUAGUUUUCCCACAUGGGCCUCUAGAAUUCGGUUAAAAAUUCAAACAAGAAGGCGUUUCCGGAUCAAAUCCUCAAAUGGGCAUUCACCCAACGCAAUUUCUUUGCAAGAUGGUAUAGCUGGAAGCCCAUUGGGAAAAGUAAAUGUUGAACACCCAGAGAAAGAAGAUUUCUUUCACUUUUCAGAACCAGGGAAGAUAGAGUUUACUCUGAGUAUAACGGUUGUUGGAGCUUCCGGGGACCUUGCUAAGAAGAAAAUAUUUCCAGCACUUUUUGCUCUGUACUAUGAAGAUUGUCUACCUGAGAAUUUUACAAUUUUUGGUUAUGCUCGAACUAAACUGACGGAUGAAGAGCUAAGGAACAUGAUCAGCAAAACUUUAACGUGUAGAAUUGACAAGAGGGAAAAUUGUGAAGACAAAAUGGACAAGUUUUUGAAGAGAUGCUAUUACCAAUCUGGGCAGUAUGACUCUGAGGAGCAUUUUGCAGAACUAGAUUGUAAGCUGAAACAGAAAGAGGAUGGAAAACUGUCUAAUAGGCUAUUUUACUUGUCAAUACCUCCAAACAUAUUUGUGCAUGUGGUGAGAUGUGCUAGCCUUAAAGCUUCUUCAGCAAAUGGAUGGACAAGGGUGAUUGUUGAAAAGCCAUUCGGUCGUGACUCAGAGUCAUCAGGUGAAUUAACAAGAUCUCUUAAGCAGUAUCUAACUGAAGAUCAAAUAUUUAGGAUUGAUCAUUACUUGGGAAAGGAGCUUGUUGAGAACCUCUCAGUGCUUCGCUUCUCAAAUCUUGUUUUCGAACCUUUAUGGUCAAGGAACUACAUCCGCAAUGUGCAGUUCAUAUUUUCUGAAGAUUUUGGUACAGAGGGACGUGGGGGUUAUUUCGAUAACUAUGGAAUCAUACGAGAUAUAAUGCAAAAUCAUCUCUUGCAAAUACUUGCACUGUUUGCAAUGGAGACUCCUGUCAGCUUAGCUGCUGAGGACAUUAGGAAUGAAAAGGUAAAGGUUUUGAGGUCAAUGAGACCACUGCAGCUUGAAGAUGUUGUUGUUGGUCAGUAUAAGGGCCACAGCAAAGGAGCUAAAUCAUAUCCAGGUUAUACUGAUGACCCAACUGUAUCAAAUGACAGUCUUACACCAACAUUUGCUGCAGCAGCUCUAUUCAUAAACAACGCCAGAUGGGAUGGAGUCCCAUUCUUGAUGAAAGCUGGCAAAGCUCUCAAUACAAAGCGGGCUGAGAUCAGGGUUCAGUUCAGACAUGUCCCUGGUAAUUUAUACAAGCAUAAUUUUGGAACUGAUCUGGAUAAGGCUACAAAUGAGCUUGUGCUGCAUGUGCAACCUGAUGAAGCCAUAUAUCUGAAGAUAAAUAACAAAGUUCCAGGUCUUGGAAUGAAAUUGGAUCGUAGUGACCUUAAUUUGCUUUAUCGAGCAAGGUACCCAAGAGAAAUUCCAGAUGCAUACGAGAGACUUCUCUUAGAUGCAAUAGAAGGAGAGCGAAGGUUGUUUAUAAGAAGUGAUGAGCUAGAUGCAGCUUGGGCACUAUUUACACCAGUGCUGAAGGAACUUGAAGAAAAGAAGAUUGUUCCAGAGCUCUACCCUUACGGGAGCAGAGGACCCGUUGGAGCACAUUAUCUUGCUGCUAAGCACAAUGUUCGGUGGGGUGACCUCAGUAGUGAGGACUCGUGAGUCACAAAGAAUCUGAACAAUGUACAUGUAAGUACUUAUUAUUUAAGCUGCCGUAAUAUAAUGUGCAUGAUGUAUUGUCUGUUUGAUCAGAGAUGUUUGCCAUAUAUUGUUGCGGAUGGUUUGAAAGACACCAGGGAGAUGUUGAAAGUAUUUCAUAUCAAUGAAGAGUUUGAUCUUAA